CACACGUUAUGUGGAGACGCGCGCAUAUAUAAUUCUAACUUUUCGAAAGGGAAAUCCGCCAACAAGAAAAUUUUUCGUUUCGCUUUGUAUUCUGUUACACCCUCUACUUUUCUUAAUUUCUCUCAUCCUUCUUUCUUUCAAGUGCAAAAUCGAUCUCUCACUGCCUCAGCAAUGGCUGCAGAUGAUGGUGUGAAACCUCCAACUCUCGAGUUUCUCAGCAUCUGCAAGUCUCUCCUCGCCGGCGGAGUUGCCGGAGGAGUGUCACGAACUGCUGUAGCUCCUCUGGAGCGAUUGAAGAUUCUGCUGCAGGUUCAAAAUCGUCAAGAUAUAAAAUACAAUGGAACAAUUCAAGGCUUAAAAUAUAUAUGGAAAACUGAGGGUUUUAGAGGAAUGUUUAAAGGAAACGGAACAAAUUGUGCUCGUAUAGUCCCAAAUUCAGCAGUGAAGUUCUUUAGCUAUGAGCAAGCUUCCAUGGGUAUUUUAUGGCUCUAUCAGCGGCAACCUGGAAAUGAAGAAGCACAGCUCACUCCUAUUCUGCGUCUAGGAGCUGGCGCAUGCGCGGGAAUCAUUGCCAUGUCUGCCACUUAUCCAAUGGACAUGGUGCGAGGAAGGCUAACCGUUCAGACAGAAGCAUCUCCUUGUCAGUACAGAGGAAUUUUUCAUGCUCUUUCAACAGUCUUCCGGGAAGAAGGCCCUCGAGCUUUGUAUAAAGGCUGGCUACCAUCAGUCAUAGGAGUUAUACCGUAUGUGGGUCUUAAUUUUUCCGUAUAUGAAUCUCUGAAAGACUGGUUGAUUCGAUCUAAACCAUUUGGGAUAGCUCAAGACUCUGAGCUAAGUGUGACGACAAGGCUUGCAUGUGGAGCUGCUGCUGGAACUGUUGGCCAGACUGUGGCUUACCCACUUGAUGUCAUUCGCCGAAGAAUGCAAAUGGUGGGAUGGAAAGAUGCUGCUGCUUCAGUAGUUGCUGGUGAAGGGAAGAGCAAAAUUGAGUAUACUGGCAUGGUUGAUGCAUUCAGGAAAACUGUGCAGCAUGAAGGAUUUGGAGCAUUAUACAAGGGCCUAGUUCCCAAUUCAGUGAAGGUUGUCCCUUCUAUAGCUAUUGCUUUCGUGACAUACGAGAUGGUCAAGGACAUUCUUGGUGUAGAAAUGAGAAUAUCUGACUGAAGAAUUUAGCAAUUCGUUUUGGGAUUUUAGAGGAAGUUGCCAGAGGUGGUAAUUUAUUAUUUCAUUUUCUAUAAAUGAAAUUUCAAGAUUCAAUUGUAAAAUACUAGCAGUAAAUCCUAACGAUAUCCACGGGUUAUCUUUACUCUGCAUACUAUUUUCAUUCAGUAGUAAAUUAGCAAUAAGUUUUGUGUGAGCA